AUGUCCAUCUCGGCCCUGCCGCUGUGGCUGCUGCUGCUGGUGGUGGUGGUGGGAGCCCAGCAGGAGAGGACCAUCUGCGCGGGCAUCAACGGGAUCCCCGGGCAGCCCGGAGCCCCGGGGCAGCACGGGACUCCUGGGGCCCCUGGGAGGGACGGCAGAGACGGCACUACCGGAGCACCCGGAGCCAAGGGAGACGUCGGGGCUCGAGGCUUGACUGGGGACCCAGGUCUGCCGGGAAAGCUGGGCCCUCUUGGCCAACCGGGGCGCGUGGGGACUUCGGGAGUCCCAGGUGAGCAGGGCGAAAGAGGCGAGAAAGGCGAGCGGGGAGAGAGCGGCGUGGGGCCCAGGUCGGCCUUCUCCGCGAAGGUGGACGCUUACACGCCGGCGGCCGGCUCCCCCGUGACGUUCAACGUCAUCAUCACCAACCCGCAGGGCCACUACAAUGCCAGCACGGGGAAGUUCACCUGUGCCCACCCAGGCGUCUACUAUUUCACGCUGUCCGCGCAUUCCAAAGAACAUUAUCUCGUGGUUAUGAUCAUGAAAAACGGGAAGGUCAUCUCUAAGGUGUGCGGUGAAAAAUACGACGCAAUAAGCGGCAGCGUCGUGCUGAGUCUCAAGGCCGGAGACGAGGUUUGGCUGGAGUUGGAGGCUCCGCACAUUAAUUUGUUCUUCAACGUGCACAGAGACGCCGUGUUCAGCGGCUUUUUCCUGUACCCUGAGUGA